AUGAGCCUCCUCUCGCUGGUCACCGUCCUGUCUCUGGGGUUGGGCAUCUCUGCCGUGCCCCAUGGCCCUUCCCACGCGAAAAGCCCCAUCAAGAAUGUUGUCGUGCUGGUGCAGGAGAAUCUGUCGUUUGACAACUUCGCCGGCGGCUUGACCUACAACCCCACCAUCGACAACCUGGUCAACCGCAAGUACUGCAACCCGUCCAACGUCUCUGAUCCGCACUCACCCCUGGUCUGCGCUCGUCCGAUCGCUAAGAAUGUCGCUCCGGACGACCCAGACCACUCCAUCAGCGGUGGAAACCAGCAGGUCUACAGCACCUACCACCCGGAUCUGUCGGACGAACCCUCCAUGCAGGGCUUCGUGACCGAGCAGAUCGCCUCCUACAGCAUCGGUCAGAACCUGUCGCGUGCCGCCGAGGUCAUCAACUACUACUCACCGGACCACAUCCCCGUCUUCAACGCCAUGGCCGAGAACUUUGUCCUCUUCGACCGCUGGUUCGCCGCCGUCCCCGGCCCAACCAACCCCAACCGCGCCUAUCUGACGUCGGGCACCUCGCACGGCCACGGCAUGAACGACGACGACUUCCUCACCUCGGCUCUGCCGCAGGUCUCCAUCUUCGAGCAGCUGUCCGCCGCCAACAUCAGCUGGAUCAACUACUCCAACACCACCGACUUCCUGCCCGACGCUCUCUUCUACGAGUGGACCGCUACCUCCGGCAAGGGCGACACCAACGUCAAGCGCAUCGACCACUUCUUCGCCGACGCCAAGGCCGGUACCCUGCCCCAGUUCUCCUGGAUCAACCCCGAGUGCUGCGACUACAUGUCCUUCCACCCGCCCUCGCCCAUCCACCUCGGCGAGGGCUGGAUCAAGAGCGUCUACGAGGCCCUGCGCGGCUCCCCGCAGUGGAACGAGACUCUGUUUAUCCUGACCUUUGACGAGCACGGCGGGUUCGCCGACCACGUCUCGCCGCCGGAAGAUGUGCCCCCGGGUGAUGACCUCGCCUACACCGAGACGGCUCCCGACGGCAAGAACACAACUUUCCACUUCGACCGCUUGGGUAUCCGCGUGCCCACUGUGCUGAUGUCUCCGUGGGUGGGGAAGGGCGUCGUCCAGAACCGCCCCCAUGACCAGCCGGGCGAGUUCACCCACACCUCCAUCCUGAAGUAUCUCGCCGAGCUCUGGAACCUGGACAUCCUGACGCCUCGCGUGCAGUGGUCCCCUAGCUUCGGCCAUCUCAUCACGGACACCUUCCGUGAUACCCCGGAGAAGCUGCCCGAGCCGGCGGAGUUCUAG